GCGUUUAACAGCAACCAAUCGGAGGGAGGAGGCGGAUUGGUGAUGGUUGCCUGGAGCCUGUUUGGCGCGACUCUUGGGACCAGUGGGACUAGUCGUUUGUGUCCCAACUCUACGGCAGGGGCCUGGACUUGAAGGCUGGGCUAGGAGCGGGUUCCGCUCCACCCCGCCCCGCCAGCACCUCUGCAGGCUGCCUGGGACCUUGAGGCCCAAUGUCCACCCAACCCUAGCGCCCGUGCCUCCAACCAUCGCGGUCUCAGGCCCUGGGAUCAGCUGCCCCCAAUACAAACCAUCUUUCACCCCAACUCCAUCCUUUGCUAGUGCCUGGUUACCAUGGUGAAGCUAGCAGCCAAAUGCAUCCUGGCAGGAGAUCCAGCUGUAGGCAAGACAGCCCUGGUGCAGAUGUUCCGCAGCGACGGGACCCAUUUCCAGAAGAACUACACUCUGACAACAGGUGUGGAUUUGGUGGUGAAGACAGUGCCAGUUCUUGACACAAAUGACAGUGUGGAACUCUUCAUUUUUGACUCUGCCGGCAAGGAGCUGUUCUCUGAAAUGCUGGAUAAAUUGUGGGAAAACCCCAACGUCCUGUGUCUCGUCUACGAUGUGACCAAUGAGCAGUCCUUCAACAGCUGCACCAAGUGGCUGGAGAAGGUGCGGGCCCAGACUCCGGGUACCUUCCUCCCAGGUGUUUUAGUGGGGACUAAGACAGACCUGGCUGGCCGACGAACAGUGGAUACUGCGCAGGCCCAGGCGUGGGCACUGGGUCAAGGCCUGGAAUUCUUUGAAACAUCUGUGAAGGAGAUGGACAAUUAUGAAGCCCCAUUCCACUGUCUGGCCAAGCAGUUCCACCAGCUGUACCGGGAGAAGGUAGACAUGUUCCAUACCCUGGUGUGAGGAUAGAGUGGACUGUCCCACAGGAAUGGCUGGGCUGGGCUGCUGUGAGCCCAGCAAACCUUCAUCUCUCCAGAACACAGAAGAUGGACUUGCCUGGUACUUCUCAAAUAUCCACCACAGCUUUCAAUAAAAUGAGGAAA